AAAAAAAUGUUGCCAAUCAUUGAAAUCUCUGCGGGUCAAUUAAAUCGAAUGGCCCGAAAAUAACAAACAUUUUUUUCUCAAAGAAAAUAAAAAAAACAUAAAUUCCCACUUACAAAUCAAUAAUGGCAAGUAAAAAGGGUGCCACAUUGAGAAUUGAAAAUGAGAUUGAUAAAUAUCGAGGGGAAGGCAACUGGAAGAAGGUUAUAGAGCUCGCUGAUCAUUUACGAGAAUUAUACCCCAAUAAUGAAUGUCUGGCUAAUUUUUUGAGCGGUGAGGGCAAGCUGGAGAGUUUUUUAGAGCAGACACCCCCAAUUGAUGCUAAUAUUACGAAAGCCAAGUCUGGACUUGUUGAGGCUAACAAAUACCUACUCGCAGCUGCUAACGAGCGUGAUAAACAGGCAAUUGUCGUUCUUGAUGCUCAUCUGCUGCUUGGAAAAUUGCAUUACGCAAUUGGGCUCUACGAGGAAGCUCUCCAUCAUUAUCAACAAGCUGAACUCCAUACAUUGACUGAGAAGCAGUUGCCCAAUCAUCCAUUUUAUCCGCCGUUGAAUCAACAGCAACUCAGGGUUUACGAUUGACAUUAACCAGACAAUUGGCGGAAGUUAUAUUACGUAAUAUGAGCGAGGCUGAGUAUAAAAGUCCUGAUGCACCACCUGAUACGUUUGGAACUGGAAAUCUCAAUAGACGAUUGAAUAAUUAUGCAAUUACCAAUGGAGCAUCUGAAUCACCCUGGAAGCCGAAAAAAUAUAGUGGACCAAACAUGUUUGUGCCUCGCAAUGAGAAUGAAGAGAUUAUUCUUUUAUUAUUAAUUAGUGAGGCGAUGGCUGUCAGAGAGACUGUGUUAAGUCAGUCUCCCGAAUUUAAAGAAGCAAGACUAAGGGCUUUUGAGAAUGCUACUGCCGUUUAUGAUCUUAUGACGGUUGUUGUUGUACGAUGGAGUCAAGUUGAAUUGUUGUAUGAGUCGUUCGAGCGAGCAAUGAAAUUCUCUCAUGAGGAAGUUCAUGUCUGGACUCAAUAUGCAUUAUGUUUGAUUCAGCUUGGAAAGUAUACUCAUGCUUAUUCUGUACUACAAAUUGUUGCUAAACUCUCUCCGCAGAAAGUUAUGCCCUGUCUGUUAGCCGCGAGAUUAUGUUACGAACAAAUCAAUCGGAAGGGACUCUUGCAUGAAUACAAAGCUGAGUAUGCUGAAGCGAAGCAGUGCUAUCAAAAUGCGGUGUCGAUUAAUCCUUCGCACAUAAAGAGCCUCCAGCAUUUGGGAUUGGUCUACCAUUAUUUGGGAUGUCAGAGGCUUGCAGAAAAAACUUUACGCGAUGCGGCAAAAAUCGAUCCGAAUUCCCAUCAAACCUGGUAUAAUUUGGGUAAAGUAUUAGAAUCACUCGGCGAGAUGGAGACCGCCAAUGAUUGUAUGGCAACUGCUUUGGAGGUGGAAAAUACGAAUCCAAUUUUACCGAUUAUGUCCAUUCCCGUGACAUUCGAAUAAACCAGUGAGCAGACAAAGUGUGAAUUACCAGGUUCUCUGAUUCGAUGGAUUAGCAUGGAAGGGGGUGGUUAUACUGGUAGAAUAAUCUACAUGUCAUUAAUAGUUUAAAAAAUUUACAGUGACCAUUCUGUAAAUAUCAAAAAAUUGCAGUUGAAAUUAAACCAAAAGUCGAG